AAAUCAUGCACGAGCGAAUGAGUGGUCCUGACGCAACAAGUAGGCUAUCUGGUUUCCAGUCUCUCCUUUUGGAUGACUACGCGCUGUCUAGAGAAAAAAGAGCUUUAAACGCUAAUAAAAUACACACCCAGCAUUUCUUUUCCGAAGCAUAGCGGUUUUUAAUCUUUCUUUCGUGCAACUGCGUUGAGUUUUGGUCGAUUGCAUAAUAGUUGCUCGGACUUUUUACCGUUAUUUCCACUUUUCUAAACGUAUAAAGGUGAAAGAGGAUCGAGCUGCAUGUGAAUAGCGUUUCUCAUCACAUAUUUUCUUGAGUUGUACUUUUUUUACGCAUAUGGAUACUUUUAGGGUGCGCAGACGGUAGAUUAUGAAUACCACAGGAUGGGUGCGAACAAUGGGAAACAGAGCGGGAGUGAAGGAAAAGGCAGUUCCAGUAUUUCCUCCGACCUGAGUUCAAGUACGGAUCAGACAUCAACCAAAGCUCCGAAGAAUGCGGCUACCAGUGAAGAUUCGGAUCUUAGCAUGCGAACAGUGAGCACGCCCAGUCCAGCUCUGAUUCUGCCACCUCGUUCAUCUUCAGCCGUUCUCAAUGGCUCCUCUACGUCCUCCUCCGCCUUCAGCACAGAAACCAUUGCCAUGGUGCACACCCCACCCGCAUCCCUCACCCAUCCUCAAAGAGGCCUGCGGCAACCGAAGGACCAGCAGGGGGCGCCCAUCGACAUUCUUCCCGAUCAUGCCUUUCUGCAGAUCUUUACCCACCUGCCCACCAAUCAGCUGUGCCGGUGUGCCCGCGUGUGCCGUCGGUGGUACAACUUGGCGUGGGACCCUCGCUUGUGGAGGACUGUCCGGCUGACGGGUGAUGUGCUACAUGUGGACCGCGCGCUUCGGGUUCUGACUCGCAGACUCUGUCAGGAUACUCCCAAUGUUUGUCUCACCUUGGAGACGGUUGUGGUCAGUGGCUGUCGGAGACUGACGGAUCGAGGACUGUACACAGUGGCACAGUCUUGUCCAGAACUCCGUCGUUUAGAGGUUGCCGGGUGUUACAACGUGUCGAAUGAAGCCGUGUUUGAAGUGGUCUCACGAUGCCCCAGUCUGGAGCACCUGGAUGUUUCAGGGUGCUCCAAGGUAACCUGCAUAAGUCUAACUCGGGAUGUGUCUGUGAAAUUGUCCCCUCUUCAUGGCCAGCAGAUCUCCAUCCGCUAUCUUGACAUGACGGACUGUUUCGCAUUAGAAGAUGAAGGCUUGCACACCAUUGCAGCCCACUGUACUCAGCUUACUCACCUGUACCUGCGCCGCUGCGUGCGUCUGACCGACGAGGGCCUGCGUUUCUUGGUCAUCUACUGCCCGUCCGUGCGUGAGCUCAGUGUCAGCGACUGCCGCUUCAUCAGUGACUUUGGCCUGCGAGAGAUCGCUAAGCUGGAGGGCCGCCUGCGUUACCUUAGCAUAGCGCACUGCAGUCGUAUCACCGACGUGGGUGUGCGCUACGUGGCUAAAUACUGUGUCAGACUGCGUUACCUGAAUGCUCGUGGCUGUGAGGGAUUAACAGACCACGGCAUUGAGCACCUUGCCAAAAACUGCCUCAAGUUAAAGUCAUUGGACAUUGGGAAGUGUCCCCUGGUGUCGGAUGCAGGCCUGGAACAGCUUGCUCUAAACUCUUUCAACCUGAAAAGACUGAGUCUGAAGUCGUGCGAAAGCAUCACGGGGCGUGGGUUACAAGUGGUAGCGGCAAAUUGCUUUGACCUUCAGCUGCUGAAUGUUCAGGACUGUGACGUACCACUGGAGGCGCUGCGCUUCGUCAAACGGCAUUGUAAACGCUGCAUCAUUGAACACACCAAUCCGGCCUUUUUUUGAGGGGUGGGCCGUGGGAUUUGAGAAGAGAAAUGUUUUUGACCUAAAGCAGUGCCUUCUUGGCUAAACAACCCUUAGCUGAGAUUUCCACUGCUGCACCUUUGUAUUUAAUUUGCAUGGUUGGGAGAAAUCUUAAGACUUUUUUUUUUAAACCAUUUAUUUAUGAUUUUAUUCACUUUUUUGGAAUACUUACUUUGCCUACAUCAGAUUGUAUUACAUUUAACAUGUAUAAAAAGUGUGUAUUGUCAAAGAAAA